CAGCCCCGAACCGCCCCCCAUCACCUCAGCGCCCCCCGGCCCCGCCCCGUCCCGCCCCCGCCCCGCGGGGGGGGGCUCGCGACGUCGCCCCGCCCCUCCGCCAUCAGCGCCCGGCUCCGCUCGGGGAGGGGCGGGGGCUGGGCUCGCGCACGCUACGUCACCGCCCGCCGCGGGGCGCGCAGCAGGUGCCGGGCAGCGCCUCAGGACAGAUUCUGCGUCCGAAAUGAACUACGAAAAUCCUCCACCUUACUCCGGCCCGGGACCGACUGCCCCUUACCCACCCUACGUGCAACAACCAGGUGGUCCUCCUGGCCCCUAUCCUGGCUAUCCUCCUGGACCUACAGGGCCGUAUCAGCCAGGUCAGCCAGGUUAUCAAGGUUAUCCGCAGUAUGGAUGGCAAAAUGCACCUCCGCCUCCAGGACCAGUGUACACGGAGGGGCCUAAAAACACAGUGUACGUCGUGGAGGAGCGGCGAAGGGAUGACUCAGGCGAGAGCGCCUGCCUGACGGCAUGCUGGACCGCGCUCUGCUGCUGCUGCCUCUGGGACAUGCUGACCUGACUCUGCUGAAGCCACCUCUCAUACCUCUUACUGAGUGCUAUGCAGUCUCCCCACUCCUCUCCUGACUCCUUUCUGUUACUGUAAUCAACGCUCUGCUUUGCACAGCCAAGAGUUCCUGUCUGUCAGUCCUAGCGCCUUGUUGGGGUGGGGGGUGCACUCCUUAUUUUAGUAAAGGGAAAUCCCUUUUUAACAUUUCUAAGACUUUUGUUGUAACUUUGAAGAAUGUGCUCGUGGUGUAUUUCAGCCAAAGGCAUUCUGAUGAAAUGUAUAUUUAUCAGUUGAAAUUUUCUUAGUCCUAGAAAUGAAGAUAUAUGCAACAAUUAAAGCCAACAGUUGAUUUUC